AUGGCCUUGAUCAAAUACCCGGCACAAUACUACCUCCCAGCCGCGGAGAUCUUCUGGGGUCUUUUCACCCUCGGAACGGCCUUUGUGCAAAGCUACCAGCAAUUGGUAGUAAUGCGAUUUUUCGUAGGGUUGAGCGCCACUUCGUGUCAUGUGGGCCUGGUCCACGUAGUCAACUCAUGGUAUAAGAAGCAAGAACUGGGACGUCGGAAUGCACUUUUCUGGAUUGCAAAUCCCAUUGGCCAGAUGUUUGCAGGAUACCUACAGGCCGCUGCAUAUACGAAUCUCAACAAUAAUCACGGUUUACAGGGUUGGAGGUCAGUUUAUCACGGCAUGUCAAGCAUUUCAAUGGCCCUAUACUUACUAUAUAUGGACCAGAUGGCUUUUCAUUAUCUGCACGAUUAUCACAAUCCCCAUCGCUUUGAUGAGCGCACAACAUCCCGCUUCCUCAAGACAGAAGAAAGAGCCCUCGCCAACAAAAGGCUACAGGACGAAGGGUUCAAGCCGUCUACGGGUCUCGACAAAACAAUCAUCAAACGAAUCUUCACAUCGUGGCGAUUCUACGCCUUUGUGCUCCUUCUAGUCAUUUUCUGCAACAUGACAUACAUAGCUGGUGCAUUGAUCAUGAGCUUUUACUCUGAUAUUCGUGGAUCUCGAACCGAGCCUAUAAUCUUGUCUGAAAUACUGUGCAUUUUUGCGAAUCUGGUAUUUUCAAUUUGGGAUAUCCCGGAUGGUCUCAAGUUCUUCGCUUAUAUAUCAGUGGGAUGGUCUUACGGGACAAUUCCAGUACUGAUUGCCUGGACUGCAGAGGGACUUGCUGGGGAUUUGGAGGUUAGGGCUAUUACCUUUGCUUCCUAUAACUGCCUUGGGGAGAUUACUAGUCUGGUUGUGCCGUUGGUGGCUUGGCCUGUAUCGAAAGCACCAGGUUUCCGUGGAGGAUUUAUUUGGGCCAUGAUAAUCAGUAUUUUCUAUUUGUUCAAUGUCGCUUGGAUUAUGAUCAAGCAGAAAAGGAGCAACAAAAGGAUAACAAUGGCAGAGGAACAAGGAAGCGGGGAGGAAGACACUGUGGUUGCAAAUCAACUGACUAUACCUGGAGAAGUUACCAAGUUUUAA